GACAGAGACAACAGAAAGCGCACCCACCCAUCCUCGACGUUAAUCGCACGUUUCAAGUCGACAAGCUGAAACUCGGGAAUCGAAGCCGGACCGAGACAUCCCAGCGCCUCGACACACAUUCACAGUCUCCCUGGGGCGCAGGCCUUCCUAUCCCAGCGUCAUCGUCAUCGUCGUCGCGUUCGACUGACUGACAGCGCUGUCGUCGUCGUAUCGACAACACGGGGACGCGACGUGAUCAUCAACCCAUCCUCCCGCCUACCCAUCCAUCGCCACACAUCCCCCGGGCUUGUGAUUCGGCUCUUGCUCGUUGUAGUCAUAGAGCAUGUCGGACCUCGGCCCAGAGGCCGUCAAUGUCAGUGAUCUCGACCAGCAGGCGCACCUGGUCGUCGGUCCUACCUCCACCUCUACCUCUACCUCUACCUCUAUCCCGCAAGAUAUGAAUGUGAAUGUAGAGGAAGAGGUGGACGAGCUCGAAGAACAAGACGAAGGUGAAGUGGACGAACUCGAGCAAGACGAAUUACAAGAGGAGGAGGAGUUACAAGAGGAAGAUCAGCAUGUUCAAGAGCAAGAGCCGAUCCCCAGUCUGGAAGGUCUGAUUCGGGCCGCUAUGGAUGCGCCUGAAGGCGGGGUGGUAGAAGAGGGAGAGGGGUUAGGAGGAGGAGUCGAUGAUGGUGGUGUUGGUGUGGGUGUUGGGGGAAUCGCAGGCGACACUGGGCAUGCGCAAGAAGGCGUUCCGAGUGCAGAGGAUCCGGCUGGUUCCACGACCUUGGUCGACGAGGCUAUACCUACCGAGAACGAGAACGGGAACCAGAACGAGAACGAGAUCCCCGUACCGGAGGAUUCCGGCGUGCCGGCGAUGCCGAUGUCGUUGGUAGAAUCGUAUAUGACGACCGAGCCAGAGCUGGAUCAGAACCCACAACAAGCGCAAGCUCACGAGCAGCACCAUCAACAAGAAACCCAUGAACACCCCGAUCCGAACCUCACUAUCGAUGUAGCUCACCUCGAGCCGCACGAUCUCAACCUCAACAUCAACCCCAACCUGAACUUCGAGCUCGACCUGAACUCUCAGCUCGACCUCGGUGCAGUCCAAACCCACGAUCCAGCGCUUUACGAGCAGCCGGCUGGGGAGGUAGAUGCACAGGUACAGGUGCCGAGUCAGGACAUGUUCUUGGUCCAGGAUCAGGCUCGGGAACAAGAUCAAAAUCAGGAUGAGCGACCGGGACGAGGAAUGGCCGAAGGGGAUAUCGCGGCGGGACCGGACCAUUCGCAGGGAGUUCAACAGCAAGAAGGUGUUGAUCCGAUGCUACACGAGCAGCAACCCACUCCUCAAGUUCAGCCUACUCAGGGAGCAGACCACCAACACGUUCUCGAUCCUGAACAACAAGGGUUGUUAAACCUUCAGAUGCAUAUCGACGGGACCGAACAGGCGGGUCAAGCUCCGGUGCAAGGAGGAGAGUACCCGCAAGAGGACGGCGGUGCUGGGGAUGUUCGGAUGGAGGACGUUCAUGAGCCAGCGGCGGGAACGACGUUAACAGCAGGAGAGGUCGAGGGAGACGGGUCGAUGGCGCUGGGGAUGGGGGAACAGGUACCGCCAGAGGGUACGGAGACGGUUCCGACGGAUACCAACUAUCUAGGUGCGGAGGAAGCUGUUUUGCCUACCGCUAUUCCCGAGGCUAUGGAUACGACGACAGGACUCGACCCCACAGACCCGCCAGCUCAGACUGAAGUCGGACUUGUAUCUUCGACGCUCGAUCCGAUGAUAGAUCAAACCAUGGCAGACCCGACGGCGAUCCCGGAAAUCCCUCUCGCUUCAUCCUCCACGGAUGUAGCGAACGCGACGGCGGCGACAAAGACGAACGGCAAAGGUCGGGCGAAACGGACGAUUUCUUCCUCUGCUUCUGCAGUUUCCGGGCUCAAGAUUGGCAAGGGUCAGAUAGGGGUUGAAGGGCAGGGGGAUGGACAGGAACUACCGGAUGCUUUGGUCGGAAAGAGUAGGGAGGAGAUUGAUGAUAUCAAACGCAGGAUCGUAGAUCGACUCGAAUCCCUACUCUCGGCCACUGCGCUGCCACACGACAAACUCCUCUUCUCCCUGUCGCUUCGAAACACCUCGGGAUGGAUCCCUCUGAGCACGGUCGCCAAGUACCCCAAGAUCAGGUCGUAUGCGGAUACGUACGGCUUGGCCUUCGUCGCCGAGAGCGUGAGGGACGCCAACGACUCGAGAGAAGAUGGGCAGGAAGACGUCCCUGUACCUACAGCUUCGACUUCUCAAGACGGAGCCGCGAAUGGGGGUGCGUCGGCCAACGGCGGCCAGGUAGAAGAAACAGCAAAGCGGGAGAAAAAGGUCGGUCCGGCCUUCUUGGGCAGAGGAAGAGAUGCCGAAUUGGUCGUCGACGGGAAGGGGGAAAGGGUGAGGAGGAAAGAAGUCAUGAUGAAGGCUGAUACGGCCUGGGACCGAACCGUCUACGCUGAAGGGUUCGGGAUCCUGGACCCAUCGACGACAACGACGCAGGAUGCGAUCGAAGAGUGGUUCGAGCAGUUUGCACCUAUCACCGUCGUUAGGUUCCGACGAGGCCGGGAUCCUUUCGGUGGAAAGGGUCGAGGUGAUUUCAGAGGGUCUGUGUUUUGCGAGUUUAGGACGGUGGAAGGUGCGGACCUGUUUUUGCGGACGAAUCCCAAGCCGCUCUUCAACGGGACCGAGAUCGUCGCCAUGUUCAAGGAAACGUACUUGGAGUCGCGUAUCCAGCUCAAAGCGCUGCGUCAUUCCAACGUGGUCCCCAUCGAACAGAUCGAACCGGAUUCCCUCUUUGCGAUCGACAAGAGCCUCUUAAAGUUGGGCAACAAGAAGCGGAAGCGGGAAGAGGAAGAAGAGAACGCCGCGGGGAAACGGACCACCACGCUGUAUAUCCUGUUCAACAAGCACCGGGUGGCCGUGAGCAGAAAGACUGGGACCGUCAUGAACAAGAACGAACUUGUCUAUCCCGACCGUGCCCUGCUCAAGUUCACGGGCGCCGGCGAGACGGGCGAUUGGAAAUUGCUCAAGGAAGAUCUAGUCAACGCUGAGAUCGAGCAUUCGUUCUUGUAUCUGCCGAGAAGGUCGACGGUCGGUUAUUUUGCCGCUCCUGAAGCCAUUGGGGACGAGGUAGUAGAGCGUUUGCGAAACCUCCAUCUGAUCGUCGGCGACAGCGAGAUCGAGUGGGAGAGAGUGGAAGGUCAAGAGGAGCGCGAUUUUUAUGCCAAGCGAGCAUCGUUCCAAGGAAAGCUGGCUGUCAAGAUGGCAGACGAGAAAGAGAAUCUGGAAUUGGACGCGGUCAAAGAGACAGCAAAGGAGCUUCGAAGUGCCAACAAGGAACGGGCAAGAGGCAAGAGCAUGACGGGCGGGAGCAACAAGAAGAAGCGAUCAGGAUCAUCAUCAGUGCAAGGCAAUGCCUCGAAGAAGGGCAAGACAGAGGACGAAGCCGAGGCGAUGCUUGCAGAGAGUAUGCAAAUGGACGUAUAAUGACUCGAUUAUCUAGAGACUGUGUUACCUGUAGCGGCCGAGAUGGCCCAUCACAAACUCGUUGUACCCGACAAUUGAAAGUGUUCAGAGUGGUG